AUGCCUUUCUUCAAGUCAGACAACAAGGCGAAAAGCCACAAGGCCAAGGCCCCGGCCGCACCAUUUGACCCCUACUACGGGUUCUCCGACGGGUUUUCUGGCUCCCAUCAGAGCCGUAGGGGGAGCGACUCCUCCGGCUACCAGUACCAGUCCCCCGCGGAGGGCGGGCAGUAUAUCUGCGCCUGCAAGGCCUGCAUUGACGCGGCGAUGACGGGCAUCACAAAAAGAGGAGAGGAGAAGGUUAUCUGCAUUCACAAGGCCAACAUCAUGAAGCUCGCCGAUGGUCUCUUCCGUGGCACCUUCAACCGCCUCGCCAAGAACUUCCCUCAGCUCGAGCGCAGGCGUUCUGGGAGGACUAUCGAGUUCACGUAUCGUUCUAGGUGUUAG